CCAUUUGGAUUACGAGUGUGUCUAGCUCAGGUUUCAUGUUGGAACUAUGAGAUUACGGAGAGCUAUCACUGGUUUAUUAAUUAUUAAAUAUGCAUGUCAAGUGUGGUGCCAUGUGGAAGUGGAAAUGGAAGAUUAUUUUUUCCCACUAGAACCGGUGAUAAACUUCUGCAAGCUAGGCGACGAGUGCCAGCAUGACUUCGUUCCCGUGUGCGCGCAGGACUCGCUCGGAAUCACGCGCAUGUUCAACGACGUCUGCGACAGCUACGAGUACAACUGCGACGAGAACAAACAAUACCGUCACGUCCACAUGAAAAUGUGUAAAUAUGAAUUCGUACCUGCUCCGUAUGAAUGGGGCAACCUGGGGAAGAAGAAAUAAAACAUGCAAUGAAUACAUUUAAUCAGUACGAAAUAACACUGCACAUAAAGCGAAAAUAAAGCACCUAUCAGAAAUUAUGCUGUUGUUUCAGAGAUGACACGCACACGACGCGACUCAUACAUUGAUUGCACUAACUGUAACUUUGGAUAUUGUUCUUCUAGCACCGAAAGCGCCAUGAUUUAAAUCACUGCGAUAAUUUAUCGAAGCUUUGCUGUAUUUACAUUCACUUAAUUAAUAAAAAAUUGUAUGAAUUAUAGGUAUUUAUGGAACCCGUUUAGUUAUAAGUUAUCAUAACAUACAUGAUACGCACCACAGCAUUCACAUGAUAGUAAUAAACAUAAAUAGAACGUUAAAAAUCUUCUUCUAAUUUCAAUAAACUGCCAUUCUCAUUUCAUACUAAAAAUGUUGAAUUGAAUCUGACUAUAGCAAUAAAAUAAUCUUAAAAGACUAUUCUAGAACUCCAUAAACGCUUUAUAGUUAAUUUAUUUGUAACAUCGCGGUUCAUGUAUCUUCGUAAGAAAGCUUUGUGGCGAUUGCAUUACACCUCAGCAAUGUUCAAUUUAAUAAUUACCACUGCUAGUGUUUCCAGACUAUGUUGAAGGGAGCCACGAAUAAUACAGUACUUAUAUGUAAUAAUU